UGGCAUUGUUAUCAUUGAUUCUACAAAAAAUGAGAGAGAUUUUAAGUUAAAAUAAAAUAUACUUUAUGUAUUAUUUUUCUUUAUUUUUUUCUUUUAAACACAGAGGACAAUUACAUUAUAGCGGUCCAAGUUACUAUGAAUGAACAAACAUCUCGGAAACUAUGGGUGUUAAAGUUUUGUUUAAAAGUUGUCUAUCCAAAGUACAACUACUACUACUUCCUCGUUUUUCUCGCGAUAAAGUAUAGAAUUUGGUGCCAAAGGAGAAAUUCUGAUCGUGAAGAUAUGGAUACCUUUGAAGUGAAAACAAUUCCUUCGCACUUAGUUAAAUCUCUCAUUACAGAAAGAUUGGAAGAGAAUUUACCAGUUCUUAUAGAUAAAUGUAUUGUCAUAUCCAAAGAACAAUUUAUACAGCUAGGCAGUGAAAACUUAUUCUACUUAGAUAAUGGAGUACUCUGGGUUGCAUUAAAGUUAGCUCCAGAAGAGAGAAAAAAGCACAGAGAAAAGAAAAAUGAGAACAAAGAAAUUCAGUUUAAUCUUCACUUUAUGACAUCAGAACUACACAAAAAGCUAUGGGCUGACUCAGCACAAACUAGUGUUGACAAUAUCAGAAUUGUACCAAUAGUUGGUUCUAAACAUGUUUCAGAAAAUAUAGCAUUUACUAAUGAAAAUGAAUUCUAUAACAUUUUAUCAUGUUUUGGCAUGAAUGCGUGUAGAGAUUUCUGUGUCACAUUCCAUCCAGUGCCCAAUUUAGAUAGUUCACCUAAAAUAGCUGCAGCAGCUGAAGUGAGCCUCAUAGUGAAUGACUAUGACUUAGCCAAUGACUUUAUUAAAGAGGUUUUGAGCAAUCACUUUGAAAUACCUAAGCUAGUGAGCACAAAUGACAUAUUUAGCAUAGACCUGACACCAGAGACAACUGCGAAGUAUCAUUAUAAGUAUUUAGAUUUAGUACAAUCAACUGGACGUCUUUACUUUAAAUGUAAGAAGCUUUGUAGUGAUGUCGCUGAAAUAAAUACUGAAGCCAAAAACAAACUAGUGCAAGCAUUUUUCGUAGUAAAAGGUGUAACUCAGUUAACUUUAGGAGAGAAUGUACAUAGUAUAAAACCAAAGGAUGAGUUCUUCAAACCACAAAUAAAUGAAGGACUAAAAAAUAUAUUGGCAUUGUGCCCAACUGGGCUGAGACAAAAGUUUGAACAGUUACAGGAUACAAUACUACCAUUCUUAACUGGAGAAAUAGAUGAUCUAUUGUCAUCAAUGACUUCACCCAUCAUUCCUAUGCUACUGCUAACUGGGUCUAUAGGAUCAGGCAGGCAUUUACUUGUCAAACUGCUAGCCAAAUACAAUGGAAUGAACUUGCUCCCAAUAGACUGCAAUGCGCUCCAGAGUUCUACGGCGAAACAAACAGAGAGCAAGAUCAACUCCACUGUGCAGAAGGCAAAGGCUGCUGCCCCUGUUAUUGUGGUGCUAGAUAACUUUGAGGUGUUUGCAGUUGAUCCCGAAAAUAACGAAGACUGUAGAGUUUUAGAAUACUUCAUGAAUACUAUCACUGACUUGUAUCAAAAUUAUACAAAGCACCCAAUCAUAAUUAUUGCAAUAACAGAAAGACAGGAUUUGAAGCCGAAUGUAUUGAGGAUGUUUUUAGAAAAGUUUCAUAUACCAAGACUGAAUGUGCAGCAGAGGUAUGAGAUGCUCGAGUGGUUUACUACCGUCAUGCAGCUCAACAUUGAUGGAGAGGAACAGUUAUCGCCGAACCAGAUAAGCACUGAUAAAGAAAUGGUGUACCUAAGUAAACCUUCUAGAGAUGUCUUGCAGAGGGUAGCUGCGAAAACUGAAACAUUUCUGUAUGGUGAUUUAGAUACGCUCCUGCAUUUUGCAAUACGAGAAUCGUAUUUGAAACAACACAAUAGUUACAAUCAGCUACCACCUGCACCUAGCCUGCAUUUAGUUGAAGAAGACGAUUUUAAUUCUGCUCUUGAGUCCAUUCGCGGCUUACAAAGUCAACAUUUGGACGCCCCUAAAAUCCCGAAAGUGUACUGGGAAGACAUUGGUGGCUUAGAGCAUCUUAAAAAGGAGUUGUUGAAGACUAUAGAAUUCCCUAUAAAAUAUCCGCACUUAUUUAAAAAUUCGAGUUUAAAAAGAUCUGGCAUACUGCUAUAUGGUCCUCCGGGUUGUGGAAAAACUCUAGUAGCCAAAGCAGUCAGUACAGAGCUCAAUGUGAGCUUCCUUAGUGUUAAGGGACCAGAACUACUCAACAUGUACAUUGGACAGUCUGAAGAAAAUGUCAGGAAAGUGUUCGAGGCGGCACGGGCGUCAUCGCCGUGCAUCGUGUUCCUGGACGAGUUGGACGCGCUGGCUCCGCGGCGCGGCGCGGCGGGCGACUCCGGCGGCGCCAGCGACCGCGUCGUCAGCCAGCUGCUGGCUGAGCUCGACGGUGUCAGCUGCGGAGAAGAUGCGGAUAUAUCGAGUUUCGUGUUCAUAAUGGGCGCAACGAACCGUCCCGACCUGUUGGAACAGUCGCUGCUGCGGCCCGGUCGCCUCGACAAGCUCAUAUACGUAGGCCCCUACCACGGAGUGCAAGAGAAAACUGGUGUACUCAAAGCGCUUUGCAGAAACUACAAGUUACGUGACGAAGUGGACUUGGAGUCAGUGGCGGCCGCUCUCCCUGACAGCUGCACUGGCGCCGACCUGUUGCAAGUGGUGUCCACCGCGCGUUCCGCCGCCGUCCGCGCGCUCGUCGCUAAGUUACAUGCUGGUGCUGUAAAAGAAAGUGACCUUAGCCCUGAUUCUGUUAUCCUAGGAGUUUCAGAAUUGCUCCAUGCGGUAGAAUCAUUCAGAUCGUCAGUAACUGAAGAAGAAUUAUCCUACUAUGAAUCAUUAAGGUCACAAAUGUAAAAAAUAAAAUCUAGUCUAUAAAUAUUUAAAAGGAGGAUUGUGAUUAUAUAUAAUUGACAACAUUUCAAAAUUUACACGACCUUUAAACAAAAA